CCGACGGUUUGUUGUCACUUGUCACCCGCACCACUCCCACACGCCCCACCCCCACGUACGUACACGCUGCGAGGCCCGAACGCGCCAUGCAGCAACCACCCCUCGUCGUGCUCCUCCUCAUCGUCUGCCUCGCCUCCUCGUCCUCGUCCGCGCUCGGGGAUGAAGGCGCCGCGGCGACCUACAUUGUCUACCUGAACCCCGCGCUCAAGCCGUCGCCGUACGCCACGCACCUCCAAUGGCACCACGCGCACCUCGACGCGCUCUCCGUCGACCCCGAGCGCCACCUCCUCUACUCCUACACCACGGCCGCGCCGUCUGCCUUCGCCGCGCGCCUCCUCCCGUCCCACGUCGCGGAGCUCCGCGCCCAUCCCGCCGUCGCGUCGGUGCACGAGGACGUCCUGCACCCGCUCCACACCACGCGCUCGCCUUCGUUCCUCCACCUCCCGCCGUACAGUGGUCCGGCUCCGAACGCGGACGGUGGAAGCUCCGAUGUCAUCGUCGGGGUGCUCGACACUGGCGUCUGGCCCGAGAGCCCCAGCUUCGUCGAUGCCGGCAUGGGCCCCGUGCCGUCGCGGUGGCGCGGGAGCUGCGAGACCAAUGCCACCGACUUCCCCUCCUCGAUGUGCAACCGGAAGCUCAUCGGCGCGCGCGGCUUCUUCCGGGGCUUCGGGGCGGGCGGCAGGAACGGCUCCUCCCACGGAACCACCGAGCUCUCGUCGCCGAGGGACCACGACGGGCACGGCACCCACACGGCGUCCACGGCGGCGGGGGCCGUGGUGGCCGAUGCGAGCCUCCUCGGGUACGCGCACGGCACGGCGAGGGGCAUGGCUCCCGGGGCGCGCGUCGCGGCGUACAAGGUGUGCUGGAGGCAGGGAUGCUUCAGCUCGGACAUACUGGCUGGCAUGGAACAGGCCAUCGAGGACGGAGUCGACGUGCUGUCGCUGUCGCUGGGAGGCGGCUCGUACCCACUCUCCCGCGACCCCAUCGCCGUCGGCGCGCUGGCGGCCACCCGCCGCGGCAUCGUCGUCGCGUGCUCCGCGGGGAACAGCGGGCCGGCGCCGUCGUCGCUGGUGAACACUGCCCCGUGGAUCAUCACCGUCGGAGCCGGCACGCUCGACCGGAACUUCCCGGCGUACGCGAAGCUCGGCAACGGCGAGACCCAUGCCGGCAUGUCGCUCUACUCCGGCGAUGGUCUGGGUGACGACAAGUUGCCUCUCGUGUACAACAAAGGCAUCCGCGCGGGCAGCAACGCCAGCAAACUCUGCAUGUCGGGCACGCUGGACGCGGGGGCGGUGAAGGGCAAGGUGGUCCUUUGCGACCGCGGCGGGAACUCGCGGGUGGAGAAGGGGCAGGUGGUGAAGCUGGCCGGCGGCGUCGGGAUGGUGCUCGCGAACACCGGGCAGAGCGGCGAGGAGAUCGUGGCGGACAGCCACUUGCUCCCCGCCGUGGCCGUCGGCGCCAAGAGCGGCGACGCCAUAAGGGCGUACGUGGAGUCGGACGCCGGCGCGGAGGUGGCGUUGAGUUUCGGCGGCACCGCUGUGGACGUGCACCCGGCGCCGGUGGUGGCCGCGUUUAGCUCCCGUGGGCCGAACAGGCAGGUGGCGCAGCUGCUGAAGCCGGACGUGAUCGGACCGGGGGUGAACAUCUUGGCCGGCUGGACGGGGUCCGUCGGGCCGACUGGGUUGACCAUCGACGAGCGGCGGCCGGCGUUCAACAUCUUGUCAGGAACAUCCAUGUCGUGCCCUCACAUCAGCGGCCUGGCGGCGUUCGUGAAGGCGGCGCACCCGGACUGGAGCCCCAGCGCCAUCAAGUCCGCGCUCAUGACCACCGCCUACACCGUCGACAACACCGGCUCGCCCCUCCUCGACGCGGCCGGCGCCAACGCGACGGCCACGGCCACGCCAUGGUCCUUCGGCUCCGGCCACGUCGACCCCGUGAAGGCCCUCUCCCCGGGCCUCGUCUACGACACGUCCAUCGACGACUACGUCGCCUUCCUGUGCACCGUCGGCGGCGCCUCGCCCCGGCAGGUGCAGGCCGUCACGGGGGCGCCGAACGCGACGUGCCAGCGGAAGCUGUCCAGCCCCGGCGACCUCAACUACCCGUCCUUCUCCGUCGUGUUCGGCCUCCGCAAGUCGCGCACCACCGUCAGGUACCACCGCGAGCUGACCAACGUCGGCGCCGCCGGGUCGGUGUACGCGGCCAAGGUCACCGGCCCGCCCAGCAUCGUCGUGUCCGUGAAGCCGGCAAGGCUCGUGUUCAAGAAGGCCGGGGACAAGCUCAGGUACACCGUCGCGUUCAAGUCGACGGCGCAGGGCGGCCCGACGGACGCCGCGUUCGGAUGGCUGACGUGGAGCAGCGGGGAGCAGGACGUGCGGAGCCCGAUAUCGUAUACGUGGGGGAUGUAAGAUUGGUGCGUUGGCCGUGCCGGCGGAGUGAUCGGCGGGGGAGAUCCAUGGAAGUGUUGCAUAGGCUGGAAGAAUUCUGGCUCCUGAUUUCUGUGCUGUUAAAAAGGAGAUAAGGAGAUUGUUGGAGUACAAUUCAUGGAAAAGGGUAGCAGCACAUUAAUAAAAGGCCACUCCUACCAA